CUGGAAGUCAACCGCCAGACUCACUGCUCUUUAUUUUCUACACUUCACUGGAUUUUCUCUGGGAAUAUUUGCGUCACUGCGCCAGAUCUUUCUAGGGAAACCACAUUGUGGUGGUAUCUCUUCGCAAUGCGAAGAUGGCGACGAUGCUCCCUCCCCCAGGCACCAAUGCGUUCCGCCACUUCACGCCGGAAUCACUGGCGGCGAUCGAGAGGCUCCAAGAGGAAAGGAAAAAGGCAAAAGAAGUACAAUGUAAUGACGAUGGAGAGGUCAGUGGUCCUCAUGCUGACCUGGAGGCUGGCAAGAGCUUGCCCAUGAUAUAUGGGGACCCUCCGCCAGAGAUGAUCAACACUCCUCUAGAGGACCUGGACCCAUUCUAUGAAGCUCAGAAAACAUUUGUUGUGAUCAGCAAAGGAAACACAAUCUACAGGUUCAACGCUGAACCGGCUUGCUACAUUCUGAGCCCCUUUAGUGUGGUGCGGCGAGGAGCCAUCAAAAUUCUGAUACAUUCAUAUCCUUUUUAACAUUUGCUUCAAUUUACCAAACCCAAUUGUUCUCCUGUUCAUUUCCCCUGACUGAAAUUUACAUUAUUUAGCAUGUUCAUCAUGAUCACCAUUCUGUCAAAUUGUGUUUUCAUGACGAUGAGCAACCCACCAGCGUGGAGUAAAACGGUGGAGUAUGUUUUUACUGCCAUUUAUACCUUUGAGGCGACAGUGAAAGUCUUGUCUCGGGGCUUCUGUGUGGGAUCUUUUACAUUCCUUCGUGACCCGUGGAAUUGGUUGGAUUUCAUGGUGAUCAGCAUGGCGUACAUUACUGAGUUUGUUGACCUUGGCAACGUGUCAGCCCUCAGGACAUUUCGUGUGCUCCGAGCACUAAAAACUAUCACUGUGAUUCCUGGCUUGAAAACCAUCGUUGGUGCUUUGAUCCAGUCGGUGAAGAAAAUGGUGGAUGUGAUGAUACUGACUGUCUUCGCUCUGGCUGUCUUUGCACUCGUCGGCCUGCAGCUGUUCAUGGGAAACCUGCGCCACAAAUGUGUGCGGUGGCCUCUCAGUAACAAUGACAUUUUUAACACCACCGCUGUCUUCAAUGACACAUCACCAGGCUACAAUGUAACUUCAUAUGGCAACGAUACGGUUGAUUUCUUGGAAUAUAUUGAAAACUCUGAUAAUUACUAUUUUUUAGAUGGUAGCAAAGAUGCUCUCAUAUGUGGAAACAGUUCGGAUGCGGGACAAUGUCCUGAAGGAUACACGUGUAUGAAAGCUGGAAGGAACCCAAACUUUGGCUACACAAGCUUUGAUUCUUUUGGCUGGGCUUUCCUGGCUCUUUUCCGGCUCAUGACGCAGGACUACUGGGAAAACCUCUUCCAACUGAUCUUGCGGGCGGCUGGAAAAACAUACAUGCUCUUCUUUGUGGUGAUAAUCUUCCUGGGCUCCUUCUACCUGAUCAACCUGAUCCUGGCUGUGGUGGCCAUGGCUUACGAUGAGCAGAACAAGGCAACUCAGCAGGAGGCCAAGGAGAAAGAGGAGGAGUUCCAGCGGCUUUUGGAGCAACUCAAGAAUCAGGAGCAGGCCCAUCUCCUCGGGAGCCGCUUCACUUUAACCAGCAAAAAGUCACAAAGCCAACAUUCGGUAUCGUCACGAGGAGAUGGGGAGCCCUCUCUUGACUGUGAGGGGCCUGUCAAGGAGUUUGGUGGCCAAGCUAUUCCUCGACUACUCGUCAGAGCACCAACUUUGGUGCAGUCUGCGUGUAACUAUGAGGAAAGAGAGAAGUCGACUGGGUCUAUUUCCAGCAUGCUUCAUGUUGAAGAUCCGGGUCUCACACAGAGACCUGCCAGUGCACUUACGGUGCUGACUGCAGCUGCUAUGGAAGAGUUGGAGGAGGCUCAGAGGCCGUGUCCACCUGGCUGGUACAAGUUUGCAGACAUCUUUCUAAAAUGGAACUGUUGCCCGUGUUGGGUGGACUUUAAAAAGUGGGUGCACUUUGUGGUCAUGGACCCUUUUGUUGACCUGGCCAUUACCAUCUGCAUCGUCCUCAACACCCUCUUCAUGGCCAUGGAGCACUACCCAAUGACCAAUGAGUUUGACAACAUGCUGUCUGUUGGAAAUCUGGUUUUCACAGGGAUCUUCACAGCAGAGAUGGUUUUCAAGCUUAUUGCUAUGGACCCUUACUAUUACUUCCAAGUGGGUUGGAACAUUUUUGACAGCAUCAUCGUGUCCCUCAGCUUGGUGGAACUAGGACUGGCAAAUGUCCAGGGUCUGUCUGUCCUGAGGUCCUUCCGUUUGCUUCGUGUUUUUAAACUGGCCAAGUCCUGGCCCACGCUCAACAUGCUCAUUAAGAUUAUUGGCAACUCUGUCGGCGCAUUAGGAAACCUGACGCUGGUGCUGGCCAUCAUCGUCUUCAUCUUUGCUGUGGUCGGAAUGCAGCUCUUUGGGAAGAAUUACAAAGACUGCGUCUGUAAGAUCUCCAGCGAGUGCGAGCUGCCACGCUGGCACAUGAACGACUUUUUCCACUCUUUCCUCAUCGUGUUCCGCAUCCUGUGUGGCGAGUGGAUCGAGACUAUGUGGGACUGUAUGGAGGUGGCUGGAACUGGGAUGUGCCUAGUCGUCUUCAUGAUGGUCAUGGUCAUUGGAAACCUUGUGGUGUUGAACCUCUUCCUGGCUUUGUUGCUCAACUCGUUCAGUGGCGACAACCUGUCUGCAGCAGAUGAUGAUGGCGAGAUGAACAACCUCCAGAUUGCCAUAGGCCGGAUCAAAAGAGGGGUCAGCUGGUUUAAGGCUUUCUUGGUUCGUGUUGUUCUCCAGAUUCUUGGUCGGAAACCAGAAGUUGAGCCGAAGUGCGACUCGAAAAUGGAAGGGAUGGAGAUGAACCACCUGGACACCGGUCAAGAUUUAAAACCAGCUGAUGGCAUGACGAAUUGUCUGGUGGAAGGUCAACCUUCUCGGUCCUUCAUGGACAUAGAGUCACUGUGCCUCAAUGUGCCAAUCGCUCAAGGGGAGUCUGACUUAGAGAACCUGGAAGAAGAUGAUGGGGAUGAAGAAGACGAUUCUUCUGAAAUUUUAAAUGAUGAUGGCGAUAAGCAAUAUUCACUUGUGGGAUCUUUGGCUGAUGAACACAAGGAUAGAGAUGAUGAUGGAGCUUCAUCAGUGUGCAGCACCGUUGACUAUCAGCCACCGGAGCCAGAGCCGGAAGAAGUGGAGGAGGAAGAGCCUGAGCCGGUGGAACCUGAAGCCUGUUUCACUGACAACUGCGUAAGGCGCUGGCCCUGCCUGACUGUGGACAUCACGGAAGACAGAGGAAAGAAAUGGUGGAACCUGCGCAGGACCUGCUUCACUAUUGUGGAACACGACUGGUUCGAGACCUUCAUCAUCUUCAUGAUCCUCCUCAGUAGCGGGGCCUUGGCCUUCGAGGACAUCAACAUAGAGCGACGGCGAACCGUCAAAAUCAUCCUUGAGUUUUCCGAUAAAGUCUUCACCUACGUCUUUGUCAUUGAGAUGCUCCUGAAAUGGGUGGCGUACGGUUUCAAGACGUAUUUCACCAAUGCCUGGUGCUGGUUGGACUUUUUCAUUGUGGAUAUCUCGCUCAUCAGUUUGGUGGCCAACUGGAUGGGCUACUCUGAGCUGGGACCCAUCAAAUCUCUCCGAACUCUACGAGCAUUGAGGCCACUUCGCGCCCUGUCGAGAUUUGAAGGGAUGCGGGUGGUGGUGAACGCGCUGAUUGGGGCGAUUCCCUCCAUCUUCAACGUUCUUCUGGUCUGUCUGAUCUUCUGGCUAAUCUUCAGUAUCAUGGGAGUUAACCUGUUUGCCGGCAAGUUCUACCGCUGCGUCAACACCACCACCGGAGAGAUUUUCCCCAUGAGCCAGGUCAACAACCGGAGUGAGUGCACCGCUCUGAAGGAGGCCACGCAGGAGGCCCGCUGGGUCAAUGUCAAGGUCAACUAUGACAACGUGGGAAGCGGCUACCUGUCACUACUUCAAAUAGCGACGUUUAAAGGCUGGAUGGACAUUAUGUAUGCUGCUGUGGACUCCAGAGAGGUGGAGGAACAACCUUCCUAUGAGAUCAACCUCUACAUGUACAUAUACUUUGUCAUCUUCAUCAUUUUCGGCUCGUUUUUCACCCUCAACCUCUUCAUCGGCGUCAUUAUUGACAACUUUAACCAGCAAAAGAAAAAGAUAAGAGACAAGGACAUUUUCAUGACAGAGGAGCAGAAGAAGUACUAUGAGGCCAUGAAAAAACUGGGAUCCAAAAAGCCUCAGAAGCCGAUUCCUCGACCAACAAACCUAAUCCAAGGAAUGGUGUUUGACUUCAUCAGUCAGCAGUUCUUUGACAUCUUCAUCAUGGUGCUCAUCUGCCUCAACAUGGUGACCAUGAUGGUGGAGACCGACAACCAGAGUCCAGAGAAGGAGGACUUCCUGUUCAAAGUCAACGUGGCCUUCAUCGUAGUUUUCACCGGAGAGUGCGUGCUGAAACUCUUUGCUCUGCGGCAGUACUUCUUCACCAACGGGUGGAACGUGUUUGAUUUCAUCGUGGUGAUCUUGUCCAUCGCAGGCACCAUGCUGUCAGACCUGAUUGAGCAGUACUUUGUGUCUCCGACUUUGUUCCGAGUCAUCCGGCUCGCCAGGAUUGGUCGGAUUUUGCGCCUGAUCAAAGGGGCGAAGGGCAUUCGAACGCUCCUCUUCGCCCUCAUGAUGUCACUUCCUGCUCUGUUCAACAUUGGCCUCCUACUCUUCCUCAUCAUGUUCAUCUUCUCCAUAUUUGGAAUGUCCAACUUUGCCUAUGUCAAAAAAGAGGCAGGAAUCGACGACAUUUUCAACUUUGAGACGUUCGGCGGCAGCAUCAUCUGUUUAUUCGAGAUCACCACCUCGGCCGGAUGGGACGGGCUGCUGCUGCCUAUGUUGAAUCGGGAAGCUCCGGACUGCGAUCCUGACUUUGAGAACCCGGGCACCGAGGUGAGGGGUAACUGCGGCAGCCCCGGAAUGGCCAUGAUGUUCUUCUGCAGCUACAUCAUCAUCUCCUUCCUGGUGGUGGUCAACAUGUACAUCGCCAUCAUUCUGGAGAAUUUCAACGUGGCUCAGGAGGAAAGUGGCGAUGCCCUCUGUGAGGAAGACUUUGAGAUGUUCAACGAGACCUGGGAAAAGUUUGACCUGAAUGGAACACAGUUCAUCGAGUAUAGUCAACUGUCAGACUUCUGCGACGCCUUACAGGAACCACUCAAGGUCGCGAAGCCUAAUCGUCUUCGCCUGAUCGAAAUGGACCUGCCCUUGGUGACUGGAGACCGAAUACACUGUUUGGACGUCUUAAUGGCGGUGACUCAGAUGGUACUGGGAGACACGGUGGAAAUGGCUGCCAUGCGUGGCAGCAUUGAGGCCAAGUUCAUUCUGAGCAACCCUACCUCAGACUCUUUUGCGCCCAUCACUACAACAGUGAGGCACAAGGAAGAGGAGUGGGCCGCCGUGGUGAUUCAGAGGGCUUAUCGCAACCACCUGCUGAAGCGCUGCACGCACCAUGCUGCAUUCUUACGCACUCACAAGAAAACCAGGAGGGGUGACCAGGGUGACGCUCCGCCAGAGAAAGAAGGGCUGAUUGCCAAAAGGAUGGGAGUGCUCUACGGGAGCGACGUGGACCUGUCAAAAGACGACACAAGCGCGAGCUCGGAGACACUUAGCACAACACCUCCCGAGCCAAAUGUCAUCGUCGUGCCUGUGGAGAUAACAAAUGAGGUUCUGCUGCACUCUGCUCCCAGCAAUCGCCUUCUCAACCUGCGGGAGUCUGUCGUAUAGCAGGACAGAUUUAUAAACUGUUUUCUAAUUAAAUGAAAAACCUUGUUCUUUUUUUAUUCUUUUCAUUUUCAAAUGACUGUUUUGAUGAGGACACUUUGAUAUCAUUUCUGCAACUGCCCAACACCUUCAGUCUGGAGGUCCAUGAUUUUACUGAGGUGAUUUGACCUUGUAGAGGUCAGAUCACCGGCAUGUCUCACUCAUUCUGCCACUAUCUGGUUUUGCCUGUGUGUUUUGUUCAGUCCAAAUGUACAGAAAAGGUUUUAUCUUACCGCCCAUCCCUUCACUGUCACUCACUUUUAUGAUGAUAAGAAUCGCGCCAAGUGUUCGACAAACACGUGGUCCCGUUUCAGAACAGAUGUAUGGGGUUACUGGAGCGUCAAAUAGCUGAAUAAUAUCGAAAACGUUUCAGUUUAGUCAUUUCUGAGCAAGUAAAACACUUCUGCCUUUUCCAUCUGUCUGAUUGUUGUUCAUCAUGUGACAAGUUAACUGAUCGAUGGGUUGGUCGGUGGCAUUGAACGGUACGAUCAUAAGCACUCAUAAUCCUUUUACAAAAAAAAACAACAUGGUCACCACUCUCAGUUUUAAGUACUCUUAGUUUACUCUUAGUUUUUUUCAAUUUUAUAUUUCAUGCUGAAAAAGAUGUGUUUAAAUGGAUGAAGUGAAAUUCCACCUCAGCUCAACAAAGAACCGGAAUUGCUUUAAUAGGCAAUUUUAAAAAAGCGUCUGCUAUUCUGCAGUGACAAUACUACUCUCUAGUAGGAUUCUCUACUCACUACUCUGAAGCUAAAGAUCCACCACCUGACAUCCCAUUACAAAAACCUAAAGCAAAAGCUCCUGCCUCUUUUCACUUCAAAGUUUUGUAAAUAUUUAAAUGUGUUACUGAUAAAAGGCUGAUCUUCAUUUUUGAAAAUGUAAAAUGGAGAGCUGUGCUGAUGAGGUGAUUCACGUUUGCCCCUGUUUUUAUUGCACUAAACACCUCGUUGGAGAGUAAGGAAGUUCCUGUUUGAAAAAUGUUCUUAUACAUAUUCUUUAUGCUUAUAUUUCAUCUAUUUUUACUUGAACUUUGUAUAGUUCCGUCAGAGCACACUGAAAAGCGAAACACAUUUUUUGUUUUAUUUUGUCAUUUUUUCUGUCACCUAUUUCAAGAGGCCAUCAUUUCAAUAUAUAAACUACCCUGUUUCUCAUAGUGAAGUAAACAUCACAAGUAUUUAUGAAGUACCGACACACCAUAAUAAAUGGGAUGAGAAAAAACCUGGCAAUCGAUAAUAAAUCCAUUUCAGUAUUAGGUUGGCCCACAAUUAUACAGAUGAAUUUUAAACUUACAUAUUUUGAAAUCAUUGUUUAUAGAUAAGCGUCUACUCUAUGGUGUCUUGGCAUUUUUUAUUAUUAAUUUUAGAAGACUCAGAAAAACACAACAACCAAAGAUAUGAAUCUGUUGCACUCUACUACUAUAUAUAUUAAAUGGUUUUUGCAAAUUAUUUUCUGAAAUGAAUGAAUAUUUCCACAAAAUUCCAUUAUACAAUCCAAAGUUUACAGUGAGGACAUUUAUAUUAUGAAGUAACACAACAAUUCAAUUUAGUGAUGGCUGUAUGAAUGCCAGAUAGUGAGCCAGCAUUUAUCGGUGUAAAAGCAGAAGUUUUAAGUGAUAUUAUUUUCUGCAACUUGAUUUUAAUUCUCAUACAAAAUUUUACCACAAGACGUGAUGGAAGUGAGGUUUUGUGCGUGGUUAUUAUCAAAGUAUCUUUUAGCAUUUCUAUGCUGCUGCUUCACUGUCUGUCUUAAACGUAACCAAUGUCUUAUAAUGUGAGUAGCAAGUCUUAACCUCGAUCAUCUGAACGUCACUCAAAACCACAUUUUUGUUUACAUUUCUGUGGAUUGGUCUCUUUAUAUCACAUGUUUUGAUUGUAAAUAUCCAAAAUAUGACUUUCCCUGCUGUACAUAUGUGUAAUAUAAUGUCAUUUUCAAUAGUGUCUGUUGUUAGAAUAAAAGAAACCCAGGUAGUGAAGUGGUCGUCAGCACUCUCUUUACUACUCAC